AGGGCCUCCAAACCUGCCACUCGCCAGAAAGGACUUUCCAAAUGGAAAAAGCUACAGGGACUGGUAGGAGUGGAGGGGGAGGGGCUGCGGGAUGCCAGGCCCCUUGGUCCCAGGCUGGGCUCUAGAAAGAAGUGGGUGGGCAGUCUGAGUCCUCCCACGUUUUGCCUCAGUUUUACCAUCUAUGCAAAGGAAUUGUGUGGGCAGGAGAAGAAAAACGGAGUAAUACAUAGCAAGUUCUCCAACCCCAGCAGAAAGGGCAUGUGCUCAGGGUUUGGGAUCUUUGGGGUUCUACUUACUUGGGGUGCCACCUUCUUUGAGAUCUCCAUCUGCUGUGGUUCUGGAGGCUGAAGAAGCUACUACCGGGGAAGCAGGGGUUAGGGACAAGAGUCGCCUCCCACCUGUGCUCUUCCAGGGAAUUCAGCCUGAACUAAUGAAGGUGGAGCUGGAAGCCCAGCUCAGGGCAAUUUGGUUGAAGGAUCAAUGAGCCAGGACUAGCUCUUCCCAGUAUGUGUCUAUCUCCCCAUCUGUCUCCUCCUGUUCUGUAGUCUGUGGGGAGAGGCUUCCCUUCUUCUGCCCAGGGAACCCCAGCAGGCACCCCUAUCCUCAUUAAUGCCCUUAGCACCACCAACUGCCUUUUUCAAGGCACCAUGUUGUGAUUUGUGGGGCCUCAGCACAAAGGGCAGGGCCAGAAGGUGCGAUAUGGGGAGAGGCUCCUGGGCCUUGAGUGGUGGGACAGCUGAGAGGAGGGCAGUGAGCGGAACUGAGCACCUCAUGAAAAGCAGGGUCACCCAAUCACAGACUUCCUACGAGCCCCAGGAAGAGAAGACCGGGAGCACUUUGCAGAACUGCUCCCCACAAGGAAAGUCAAAACAAUCUCUGGGCUUGAGAAUGUCUUCCUGGCUUUCUUUCUCCUCUUUUCAGUUGCUGUCAGUGUCGGAAGUUCUCCCUGCUAUCUGCCCUCAAGGCUUCCCACUGUACUGCCCUGGUCCUGGGCUCACCUGAGAUUGCUGGGAAAAGAAAGGGUCAACCAGGAGGUUUAGACAUGUGGAGAAGGAGUGUGCCUGGCUCUACCAGUUGGAACUGGGAUCAGAGGUGGAGCUGAGGAGGCUGGUCCAGGGAGAAUGCCACACUAAGAGCUACCGCCUUCUGGAUCCAUGGCCUCUCCAGAACUAGAGACCGUGAUGGUCGGCCUGAGCUGAGAGCAGCACCUGCACACAGAGACCCAUGUUGAAGGUGGUGAGCUGCCAGUUCCCAGAUGGCCCUCUGAAACCCCAGGGAACCUAACACCUUAUUCUCAAAUACAUGAAGACUUGUAUUUUCCCCGAGCAAGGAGCUUCUUAGGAAAGAGCCAGUGUGCCAGCUUUGUUUUUCUUUCUUCUUCUUCUUUUUUUUUUUUCCUAUGAGGGGGUGAGGAGCCAAGCUCUGAGUUGUCCAGAAGGAGGGACUUAGGCUAAAAAUAGCUAUGGCGUGUGGUUUGGAUCAACCCCUAGUGGUACCCAGGACUGGGGAGGGGAGGGGGAUGCUCUGGAGCUGUCGCCAGACUGGUUGCCGUGGAAACGAGAGAGGAGCAGGGGAGCCUGGGAAGUAGGGAUGACACAGAUAGCAAGUCCUAGUCAGAGCCGCCGCUACAUUUAGGAGAAACAGCGGUGUCUGCGGCUCCCACCCUUCAGGGGGCCCGUGGGGGGGGCGGUGUCAGGGGCAUGGACGCCACCCCCCAGGGGUCUCUGCUGCCGGCUACUCUCCUCUCCACGUGCUGUGAGUUGAGUUGCGGGGGACUUGGGGUUUGGGCCCCUAUUUCCAAGGCAAGUGGGGGUUUGGGAGGAGCUGGUUCUUGGGGGAGUUUACACCAGGUCUCUCCUUCCAAAAAAUGAGCCCCCUUACUCCCCAGAUCUCUAGAGGGAGGAAGAGGGGCCCAGGAAAAGUGGUACUGCGAUCGUCUGCAAAGGGGUCAUAGCAUGCACAAGAAAUGAGGAGUAGGUUGGAGGAACUGAAAUUCUUGGAGGGAAGAUGGAGAAAUCAAGUCCUUGAUCUUGGGAUAGAGGUAACAAUUUCACACUUUCCCUUCCCCUGAGAAAACUGCAGUCCCCCACUCAGGAAGACAGGAUUUGGGACACAUUCAAAAUAAGGUUUGCCUAGAUCCCUGGGGCAAUGGAGAGUGAGAGAGUUCUGGGAGUGAUCAGACAUUGGGGUUCCUUCCCCAUCCCUGGGCAAACAGAUCUGCCUAAGCAGGCCGACUGGGGGUCAGAUUACUUAUGACCCUGAGAGAACAUCUGGAAGCCUACCUGGAACUAAAGCUAGGAUGAUGAGAGCAGGGUCGUUUUCUGCAUGACCUGGGGUCUCUGAGCCAGUCAAUGCUUACUCUUCCUAAGGACAUCUGAGCUUCAGGGAAGGAAAAGGAAGCUCAUUGUCGGGGGCAGGGGAGACCCUAAUCUUCCAUUGCCAUGGGGCUCUUGGACCCUGUGUCCCCUGACUCCAUGGACAAUAAAUGCAGGGGGUGCCCCUAAGCUCAAAGCCAUUUCAUUUUGAUUUCUCUUCCUGCUCUCUCUACCCCAACACACACACACACACACACACACACAUACCCUCUCCAGAGUGCUGACUGCACAGCACCUCACCCCAGAACAUAAAAUGCUGGAGUGCUAGGUUUAGAGUCACAUACCCAGGCAGUUUCUCCCCAGGACCUGGUCAACCAUCCAGGCCAUCUGUGGUUCCUAUGGCACACUCCUCCAUCCCCCACCCACUAGCCAGCCCACGUUUCCGUGGAGUGGGAGGAGAGGAUCAUUCCCAGGAAAGAGAAGGGAAGGUAGAAGAGUCCCAAAUCCUUAUUCUAAACCUUUCCCUGUAUGGUCCAUAUCUCCCAGAGGACCCUGGGUGCUUUGGGGAAGGGCUUUGGACCUCUCUCAGAGCAGAUUGCAGCUCAGAGAACUCCUCAGAGGGAAGCAUGUGAAGCAAAAGCAGGUGGGCUUCACUUGGAAUGUGGGCUUUGGGGCAUAUGGCAGGUGGGGGCGGGGCUGGUGUUAGGAUAGUCCAUGGGAAGUAAGAGGCUGGGGGAAAAUAUAACUAGAGGGAGUGGGGAAAUAAAUGUGGGUGCUUGGUGCUUCACUUGAUCUGAUUCCAUGUCUCUCAUGAAGAAUAGGAUCCCAGAGGGAUAUGAGCCUAACUCUUGAUAACUCUGGGCUUCCUUUCCCAGGCCUCUGUGUGGGGAUCUUCCAGUUCCCCUCCCCAUUUGCAAGCUGUCUCCACUAGGAGAAAAAACCCAAGGGAAAUGGGGCUGGCCCAAGAGCAGCAGUGAUCGGGGGUAGGUCUCAGGGAGGAUUUCUAGUGGGAAUUUCCUAAUGUUCCACCCUUGUGCACUGGAGGGUUUCCACUGACUUUCCACGGCUUUCACUUUUUUCUCCUUUGUAAGCGUGUUGAGGGGAGGGAGUGGAGUGGAGUGAGUGAGGUCCAAGGAGGGAAGAAUGAGAAAGACUGUGUGUCAGUCUUGGGGUGAACUUCAAAACAGCCUGCGAGGAGAGCCAUUGGUGGUUGCACUGGCUACAGCUGGGGAAGAGAUGGUGGAAAUCCUUAGGGCAGGGAAAGCUCCAUUACCAGCCUGCCCCCCUCCCCAAAAAGCCCCCAGCCUAGUGAUUUCAGGAAGUCACUAGGGGGAUCUGGGCCUGGGUCUUUGGCCCCGGGGCUGCCCUAGAGGUGCUGCACACCCCAGCUGCAGGUGAUGGCACCAAGAUCCCUGGUACCUCUUUCCCCUGAAAAUCAUCGUGGAACUUCUACAGUUCUAUCCAGUUCAGGUACAUUAUUCCAUUUGACCCUCACCACUUUCUGAGCCUGGGGGGCAGUUAGGGCUGAAUGUGUUAUUCCCAGAAAUAGAGGCUGGGAAACACGAAGGGACUCGCCCAGGGCCCUCAGGGCUCGGUGCUGGCCCUGAUGUCCCGUGUCUCCCCAUCUCCCGAGGGGCCACUCAUUCGGCAAACCUUUAUUAAGCCCCUCCAGGAUCCCCGACGCCGCCGAGGCGCCCAGCGACGCGCGGCGGGUGGCGGCAGCUCCGGCCACCGCCGCACUCCAGGCGCCCGCAGCGCUCGCCCUGACGCGGCCGCCAUGGCGCAGGAGAACGCCGCCUUCUCGCCCGGGCCGGAGGAGCCGCCGCGGCGCCGCGGCCGCCAGCGCUACGUGGAGAAGGAUGGCAGGUGCAACGUGCAGCAGGGCAACGUGCGCGAGACAUACCGCUACCUGACCGACCUGUUCACCACGCUGGUGGACCUGCAGUGGCGCCUCAGCCUGUUGUUCUUCGUGCUGGCCUAUGCGCUCACCUGGCUCUUCUUCGGCGCCAUCUGGUGGCUGAUCGCCUACGGCCGCGGCGACCUGGAGCACCUGGAGGACACCGCGUGGACGCCGUGCGUCAACAACCUCAACGGCUUUGUGGCCGCCUUCCUCUUCUCCAUCGAGACCGAGACCACCAUCGGCUACGGGCACCGCGUCAUCACCGACCAGUGCCCCGAGGGCAUCGUGCUGCUGCUGCUGCAGGCCAUCCUGGGCUCCAUGGUGAACGCCUUCAUGGUGGGCUGCAUGUUCGUCAAGAUCUCUCAGCCCAACAAGCGCGCCGCCACGCUCGUCUUCUCCUCGCACGCCGUGGUGUCGCUACGCGACGGGCGCCUCUGCCUCAUGUUCCGCGUGGGCGACUUGCGCUCCUCACACAUAGUGGAGGCCUCCAUCCGCGCCAAGCUCAUCCGCUCGCGCCAGACGCUGGAGGGCGAGUUUAUCCCGCUGCACCAGACCGACCUCAGCGUGGGCUUCGACACGGGAGACGACCGCCUCUUCCUCGUCUCGCCGCUGGUUAUCAGCCACGAGAUCGACGCUGCCAGCCCCUUCUGGGAGGCGUCGCGCCGUGCCCUCGAGAGGGACGACUUCGAGAUCGUUGUCAUCCUCGAGGGCAUGGUGGAAGCCACGGGAAUGACAUGCCAAGCUCGGAGCUCCUACCUGGUAGACGAGGUGCUGUGGGGCCACCGCUUCACAUCAGUGCUGACUCUGGAGGACGGCUUCUACGAGGUGGACUAUGCCAGCUUUCACGAGACUUUUGAGGUGCCCACACCUUCAUGCAGUGCUCGAGAGCUGGCAGAGGCUGCGGCCCGCCUUGAUGCCCAUCUCUACUGGUCCAUCCCCAGCCGGCUGGAUGAGAAGGUGGAGGAGGAGGGGGCGGGGGAGGGGGCGGGUGGGGAAGCUGGGGCCGACAAGGAGCAGAAUGGCUGCCUGCCACCCCCAGAAAGUGAGUCCAAGGUGUGACCAGCUUCCUCCGGACCCCUGUGGCAGACCGGGGGCCAGACACAGGUACAUGGGGAACUGCAUAUCGGAGGAGAAGGAGGAGGAGAAGGUAGGCAAAGCCCCUGGAAAUGUGCUAACGUUGGAAAGUCCCCAUCCCCCAGAAUCUCAAGUCUAGAAUCCAGUAUGGAAGGGAGGGGUCCUGAUUUCAGGGAAAUGGAGGGUGGGGCCAGGUGAACAUGCCAGUCUGUGUUUGACCUUCACAUUUGUUCAUGAGUGGAUGGAUGGACAGAAGGAUGGACUUUUGGGGGUUGGAUGGGAAGAUGGUGGCAGAUAAAGACAGCUGACAGAUACAUAAAUGGACCAAUAGACAAUUGGUUCACUCAGGGCUGCCACUAACCUGUAGAACACCUCUGUGCAAAUUCUAAAAAGGAACCCUUUUCCUCCAGACAGAUACAGCCCCAAACCAGGGUGCAUGGCUUGGGGAGCAGAGUGUAGGAUGGAUUGCAGUCCCCACUCACCUCUUCUGCCAGCCUCCCCACAUAUGGCACAACUGUCUAAUGACACGGUAGGCCAAGCUGAAGCAAAGGAGAAAGGAGCCGCACCAAGAUGGACACAUGAGGAGGGUGCCCUCCUAGCUCCACCCUCCCCAGGAUGAAGGGGUGCAAGGGGGCUCAGCAAGGUGUGAAUGACCUUAGUCUGCAAGUUCAGGGAAGCAGGCAGAGCAGGGCGGUGCCCGAGCUGGGACCUGGAGAAGGGCCUGGGAAAGGAAAACCAGUGAUGGUUAUUUUCUUACAGUGGAGUGAGAUCUUACAGGUAUCAGGCACAGGCAGGAAGAGGGAGAGAGCUUCUGAGGAGGAAGGGACAGAGAGAGAUCUAGAAAGUGGGUUCACUAGAGCUGGGACACAGGGAGCCCCUAGGAAAGCAGUGUGUCCUUGGGGCACAGUCAUUCACAUCACUGAUUGGGUGCCAUGUGGAGUGGACAUUCAAAAACCUGGUUCCUGUCCUCAAAAUAAGGGGCACCUGGGAAAACAGAGGAAUUGACCUGUGGCGACCGAACAAGGGAUGAUUCAAACUGACAACCUGUGCAGUCCCGCGGAGGGUGGGGGAGUGUGGGUGAUCAGAAGGCUGGGGCCGGUGUAAGCCAUGAGGAAUAUGUAAGUCAGGAGUUAGAAAUCUUCAGUGUGCAUUGGAAUCACCUGGAGGGCUUGUUAAAACACAGAUUUUUGGGCUCCACUCCAAGGGUUUCUGACCCAAGAGGUGGGUCAGAGAAAAAUGUGCAUUCCUAAGAAGUCCCCAGGUCAUGCUGUUGCUGCUGGACUGGGGACCACACUUUGAGAACCUGUGCUCUAAGCAAAGACUUGGAAGUCGUAUCAGGACAUGGGGUAUAGAAACUGAGGAGUAGCUGAGAGGAAGAGGAGAGAAGCUAAGAAGAAGCUGAGGAUCCUCACAGGAGCAGACAGAGACAUGUGAAGGGCGGGGUUUUGUGUGUGGGAAAGGGACCCGAAGCCCAGGCUGAAGAGUUUAACUUUGGGCCCAGGAACUCAACCAUCAGUGGAAACAGGGCAGUGACAAGUGGAGGGGGUGUCUGGAAGCUGAGCAGGCCCGACAGAGAGAUGAAGCCAUCAGAAGGACUUGAGGGGGUUCCUGGGGAGGCCAGGGGGAGGUGGAACAGGAAGGGUUUUAGGGGCAAAGGACAGAACCCCUUGUAGGACUGGAGGCAGGAUUGAAUGUAGGAGAAAAUCUGAGAGAAGUGAUAGGAGUCAGAACAUCUGGAUGUGUCUGCAGCCUGCUGUCAGCCCAACUGGGCCAGGGGGUCCCAAAGACACAUAUUCUCACCCCACCUCCACCUGCUUCCUGAUCACAUCCCAGUCACCAGCGGCAGCUUCCUGGAUGGUGGGGAAGAACAAUGGCAGGUUGAGAGGGGCAGAGGGGUGCAAGGGACCUGAAGCUGGCCUGGAGAAAAGCGUAGGCCCAGGAGAGCCUGCCUUGGGACAGUGCCUGUCUCCCACACAGCAGCACUGGCCCAGCAAGAACCUUCUCCCUUGGCCCUGGCCACAUCCCACUCCUGCCCUUUCAUAAGCCCCCUGGGGAAAGCACUCGUCUUCUCUGUUCCAGGCUGGACAGCCAGGGUCCUAUGGGCACAGCCAGGGUCCUGUGGGCACAGUCAGGGUCCUAUGGGUCCUCUGGAAGCAAGAAAGGGGGCCAUGGAAGGAGCCCAGACAGUUUGGGUUCACUCAGAGAGGACCCAAGUCCCAGUCCCUUCCUUUCAGUCAAAGCACGGAUAUCUUUGCCUCAGGUCACAGGGCCACCAGGGGGUCCUGUCAUCAAAGAUGAGAUUCCUGAAUGCUGGUAUUGGCUGGUCCCCUAAGAACAGAUGUUGGGGUGUGGAAUGGGGAUUCACUUGGGUUUCAGAAAAACAGGGGAGUCUGGACAAGAGGGGAUGGGCUACUUGGUAUCCACACACACGCACUCACACAGGAGCCAACCCUUUGCAACUGAACAAGCAGAGAAACUGAGGCUGGAAAGGCCCCUCCUGCCUGCUGAAGUCACUGGGACCCUGCCACACCUCUCCUCGCCACUGUCACCACUCAGGGCACCACUGUACAGUGCAACAAGUCAGGAGACCUAGGUCCUACUCCUGACACUUGCUAAUUAGCUCUAUGACUCUGGGCAAAUCGCAUAUCUGGGCCUCAGUUUCCUCAUCUGUAAAAAUGACACUUAGCAAACUCGUAAUGCUCAAUAAAUGUUUAAAUAACAACUGAAGGAGGCCUACUGGAUGCCUCUUAA